GCACUGAGCUGCACACACAUACACGUAUGCGCCGAGAGAACAUGUUGAACAAGUGCGGACUGUGCCAGAUAUCGGUCAACGUCUUCUCAAAAGUCCGCUCUGCUAAAUUCAUCAUUGCUUCUUUAUGAGACUUCUUUACCCGGCAGUUGCUGGAGCUGUAGUCACGUAUUACUUUCUACAACGACACUAUUUCUUCAGUCAUAAUCCUUGGAAAUGGUUUAGAGAAACAGAAGCUGAGACUGUGAAGAGGUCGUUGACCAAAAAACGCGUGCACAUCCAUGAGGAGGUAUGCAGCCCUUCGACAAGUUCAUGCUUCCACAUACAAGACACAGCAUAUAGCAGGCUUGGCAAGCUCGUUGUCAUCAGAGACAUGCUGAUAGCGGACACAGAUUGCACGUACUCGUCAGCUGCUUUGAUGGAGCCACUUGUACUUAGUGAGAAUAACAAAACCACCAGUAAAUGGAAGGUGGAUAAGCGAAAACUGCCUAAAGCAUAUGCAAAAGUGAUGGUCGCUUUUGCAUUUGCUAUGGAGGGACUAAAACUUGACUCCAAGAAUGAACAAGAGGUUCUGUUGAUUGGACUAGGCGGAGGAGUGGUACAGAAUUUUCUCUCCACUCUCGAAAAGGCUAAGUUGAAAAUGACAACCAUUGAACUCGAUCCUAUGGUUCGAGAUGUAGCUAAGAAAUGGUUUGGACUCGAAGAAAACGACAUGCAUCAAGUAAUUGUCGCUAAUGGAGCACAGUUUGUCAAAAGAGAAGCCGAAAAAGGCAAGAAGUACAGAGCUAUUUUACUCGACGCUUGCAAUUCUACCUGCCCAGUUGAGGUAUUUCUGCAGGACGAGGUGGUAAAAAACAUCGCACGCACGCUCAAUGAGGAUGGUGUUCUCGCCAUUAACGUUCUCACUGAACCUGUCAAAAAUACCGCAAAGAUAAACGACAUCCUAAACUUAUACAAGAAAUACUUUGCUUCUUGUUUCUAUCACUAUCUCGAUUCGCAACAAGUUUUACUUUGUUCCCAUCGCCCUGGCUGGACUCUUAAUGAGCAGAAAGAGGUUUUUAGAAGGAACUUGAGAGAGAUUGACAAAAAGUUUGAUUUUCGUCUUACUUAAACAAGCGCCCUUUUUCCAAAUCACUGCCAUCUUCCUCGUGAUUCGAGCAAACCACCGUGCACAAUCUCUGUUAC